GUUAACUACAACAACCCACCGCGUGAAUAUUAUCAAGGUGCUAUUAUUCUCCCUCAUCAGAAUUAUUUUCCGUCCUGGGCUUUGCGCCGUAGUAGUGCUAUGGGGCUUUCUACGUCACUAGGGAGAAACUGUGCGAAAACAAUGCUCCUCCGCCAGAAACCAUCUCCACGGGAGAGCAUUCGGGUAGAUUAGAUUUCUAUUCUACCGCACUCCCUGUCCGGCGACCUCCACAAUAGCCAGCUAAAGAGAGCGGGGGAGAAGAGGGAUACAGUAGGACUGCUACAUUGGGCUGCCGUCUCCAUCGCCUUCAGAUCACACGGGACUGGAGGGAGCCUAGUCUAGUCUGUUUGUGUUUCUAUUGAGGUCCAGACUGCAACUUUCCCCAGGGUCCUGAUGGCUGGACACGAGUGGGAGUAUAAGGACUGGUUCGAACGGGAGGAAUUUAUCGGACAGAUCAGCGAUAUCCGAGUGCAGAAUCUUCAAGUUGAAAGAGAAGUCGUUCAGAAGAGGACGUUCACACGAUGGAUGAAUCUGCARUUGGAGAAGUGCACUCCUCCGAUGGAGGUGAAUGACCUGUUCAGAGAUAUCCAGGAUGGAAGGAUACUCAUGGCUCUGCUUGAGGAACUGUCUGGAUGCAAGCUGCUUCAUGGAUGGAAGCAGUCCUCACAUCGUAUCUUCAGACUGAACAACAUCGCUAAGGUCCUUACCUUCCUGGAGGAGAGAAAUGUGAAGCUGGUCAGUAUUGACGCUGCAGAUGUUGCCGAUGGCAACUCUUCCAUCGUUCUUGGACUCAUCUGGAAUAUCAUCCUGUUUUUCCAGAUCAAGGAGCUGACYGGGAACAUUAAGAGUCAGUUCCCCUCGUCCUCUAGCCUCUCCUCGCUCCCCACCAGCUCAGACUCCGACACCUCCCACUCCAGCACGCCCUCCUUCGAGAGACCGCGCUCCAUCGCCAUGAGGGAUCAUGGGAAGCCCAUCAAGACGCUCCUGCAGUGGGUCCAGAGACGAACCAGGAAGUACGGUGUGGCGGUGCAGGACUUUGGGAAGAGCUGGACCAGUGGGCUGGCCUUCCUGGCUGUCAUUAAGUCUAUAGACCCCAGCCUGGUGGACAUGAGGAGAGCUCUGCUGAGGACAGCCAGGGAGAACCUAGAGGAGGCCUUCAGGACAGCCCACUACAGCCUGGGCAUACCCAGACUACUGGAUCCAGAGGACGUGACCAUCAAUCCUCCAGACGAGCAGUCCAUCAUGACCUAUGUGUCCCAGUUCCUCGAGCACUUUCCUGGGAUGGAGGAGCCCCAGGAAAAUGCAUCUGAUGUGAUACAGAGGAGUGUGUCGUCAGGCAGACUCAGCUGUCGUGUCAACGAUUCCUCCCACGACCUGAGGAACGGCGUCCACCGGAGCCGGGACAGAGAGAGGCCCUACGUGGUCCGGAGAGACUGGGUCCGGCCCCCGCCCAAAAUCUUAAUCUCCUCCGUCUCCGAGGAGCUCAAGUCUCCCACUUCCCCGGUCGCGGUGGAGCGCUCCUGGGUCAACGAGGGCUCGUCGGUUGGGUCCACCCCCAGCCCUGUCUUCACUGUCUCCACCUCCAGCUCCCCGCAGCCCUCCUUCGUCGACUCGGUCAUCGGCUCUGUGUCUUGCGACUCACCAAUCAGUGACUCUGUCAUCGGUUCACCAGACUCCUGUUGGGAGGGCCAUCCAAACGAGGCAGUGACUCCAGACAGGUUCGUGGAGAGCCGUAGCGAUGGGUCGCUAUGCGACAGCGGGCUAUCCUGGGACAUGAGCAUCCCUCCCUCUACCCCCCACGGGGUCACGCCCGACCUGGAGGAGCCGUUGCCCUCAGUUACGGGGCUGACAGGGAAACCCCAGGAUGAGGUACAGGAAGUGAUUCUGGAGCUGUUUGUUGACGAGGGAAACUACUCUCUAAACUCGUUGGUGAGCACACAGGACAGAUCCAGAACACACCCAGAGAAAGAGGAGGACGGGGGGGAGAAAGAGGAGGACGGGGGGGAGAAAGAGGAGGAGGAGUAUAACUACAUUCUGGACCUGAGUGAGGACAAGGCAGCCAAGCAGGAGCCUGAUCAAAGAGAAGGAAAUAAUAAUAAGUACAGGUCAAGUACAGGUCAGAGUAACAGCGUUAACAAGGAGCAGGGAUGGCCAUCUUUAGAGCUCUCUGACGAGCCUCAGGAAACUGACUCUGACCAGAAGGGGGAGAGUGUGUGUGAGGGUGAGAGUGUGUGUGAGGUUGAGAGUGUGUGUGAGGGUGAGAGAGGAGGAGCUGUGUUUUCUCCACAACGUGAGAAAAUCAGCCAAUCAAAGCAGGGCUCUGACAUCACACAUCAGGUGACCCCCGACCUGCAUGAAGAGCCCAAUCAACGGGACAGUGUCCCGGAGACAACAGACAGGACAACAGAAUGUGCCAAGAAGGAAACAGCGGAACCAUCUAGAGAUUCCAGGAAGGCUGGAAACCCUGAGGAAGAGUUAGCUAAGGAACGUUCUGAUAAAGCAGAGGGUCAAAGUGAUGUGACUGACAGAGUGGAGACGGAACACAGACAGACUACUUCUCUGUCAGAGAGGGACAGAGAUGGGAAGUGGUCCCUGGAGGGGUCAGAGGAAAGGCACAAGCAGGUCACAGAAGAGUCUGAAACACAAGAGAAGAUAACAGAUUUUCAGAGCGGCCAUGUAGAGUCACAGGAGAACACUACGACACAGGUUGAUGAUGUCACAGAGUCGACGCAUCCACAACCGUAUAUGGAGAUGGACCAGAGUCGGACCAUCCUGGGGGGCACCUCAGAACAAUGUCUGGACCCGGUGGAGCAGAGCCAUACUGGGACAACUCCUGCCUGCACAGAUGGUGGGCAGAGUUCCACACUCCUAACAGAGGCCGGUAAGGAAUGGACCCUGAGCCCAGAGAUAGAAGCGGAGGCUGGGGAUGAAGACCUGUGUGGGCCCCCUGGAGGUGGCUUGGUUGAGAGGGCUGGAAAGUGUGAGAGAGCCUCUUGUGUUGGAGAUGCUGACGUGAAUGUAGUAGCUCCUGAGGAGAAGAGAGUCACAGAAAAGGAACAUGACUGGGUGGAUGGGUCUGGGARCACAGACAACACAGAGACAGUAGUGGAGGUCCUCCAUCAGUGCAAGCCAGUUUCCAUUAUACCCCUUGACAUGGUGUACUACCCCCACUAUGUGAAGCCUAACCCUGGAUCGGUCCUCACUGGGCUGGUUCCUCAGUCUCCUCUCUUUGACACAAACACCCAGAGCCAGGCUAUACUGCAUAGCCAGGAGGAGAGAGACUCAGAGAAGGACACAGGGGAUCAUACUGAUGGCGGUCAUAGUGAGACAGAGYCCUCUGCUGUUGAAGAGACAAGGGACAAAAUGGCCGACACAGAACAGAGUGAAACCAAGCCUGUGAAUAUGACCCACACAGACACUGAGAGGAGGAGUGCUUUGGAGUCUGAAAGUGAACCAAUGGACUUGUUCUAUACAGACAGUGAUGCUGACGAGAGUUCUAGAUCGGCCGUUGAGGAGCCAAUGACAGUGAGCGACACUCUGGAGCCAAUGGAUCUGUUCUACCCGGAUACAGAUGAUUGUGGCCCUGUAGAGGAACCAGAGAACGACGUGGAGACCUCGCCGUGGUCCUCCUCCUUCAGCAAGUCAGUAGAGACCUGGCCCUCAACCUUCAGUGUGGCAGCUCUAAAACCAGCACCGUCCUCAGAACCAGAACCACUGCCAGAGACACACACAGACUCACACACACACAACACGCUGUAUCAAGAGGAACUCUGUGAGGUGUUAACCACACAGGAGCAGGAUAAGGAGAUUGAGGUGAGAGGGGGCUCUGGUGGAUCAGACCCCCAGGAACUGUGCUCCAUGCUGGGUGAYCAGACGGCGGGAGACGGUGCUGUGGUGGAGGUGGAGACCCACCAUGGGCCUGCUGAGAGCAGUGAUCUCACCAUGACUGACAAGGAGAGGCCUGGCUCUGCUGCUGCUGCUGCCAGAGAAAGCAACGAGACCMUGAGAAGGAACACUGACAGUGAUGGAACCCUAGAUGAUCAGUGUUCUAUGUGUUUUACUCCUCUCCACAAGAGGAAGAACAAUGGCUCRAAUGAGAAGGACAAUCAGAAAGGUUUGGCAUCCAGCCGAACUCACUGUACCAAGUUUGACACCAGCUGGAGGGAGAUACGGAUUCCAGAUCAUCAUGCAGAGUAG